AUGGAGAGUGGGUAUGCGGCUCAGCUGCAGGAGAUCGUGCAGUCCUGGGACUACUGGCAGCUGGAACGGGAUGUUACGGACGGUAAGGGACCUAUAUCCCAGCUCCCAACCAUCCCCAAGACCUUUUCCAGCGUCCAGGCCUACACGUCCACCUUCCAGCCACUGCUGCUGGAGGAGGCGGCGGCCCAGCUCCUGCGAGGCCAGGAUGAGGGCAGCGUUGCACUGAGUCAGCGCUGUGUGGUGGCGGCAUGCGAGGACAAGGGUGAGGGGCGCCUGCUGCUCGUCCUCACUCUCCCCCCGGGGGUCAACAGCUCCUUUUCAGAGAACGAUGUCGUCCUGGUGUCUCGAGAUGACCCACAGUCGGAAGAAAGCACGGACGAGGUGCACCAUGCCCUGGGAAUGGUGGCGGGGCACGAGGGCGAGCAGAGUCUGCGAGUCCGGUUCAACCUCUCCGAAGUGGCCCAGGCCGGCAGCGCCGCCGGGACGGCCAGGCAAGUUGUGGGUUGGGAUUGGGUCAAACGCAUGAGCGCGCUCCUGCCUGUGGCCGGCUCCGGCUGGUGGCUCCUACGCCUCGCCAACACCAGCACCAUCCAGCGCGAGUGGGCGGCGGUGCACUGCAUGGCCCACUCCCCACUGCAUGACGUCCUCCUCUCCGCCAAGCCCAGCUCCUCCGGCGUGGCGGCCAAGCAGCUGGAGGCCCCGCCGCGCAUGCUGGAGGCCAUGGCCGAGUCCUACAACGCCUCCCAGCUUGCGGCAGUGACGGCGGGGCUGGACGGCACCUCCCUGACGCUCAUUCAGGGCCCGCCAGGGACGGGGAAGACCAAGACCAUCCUGGGCCUGCUCUCCAUCGUCCUGCACGCCGCGCCACGCGGCGCCUUUUCCUCCCAGCGUGCGCAGCCUGCCGGCGAGGGCUCCGCGGCGCAGGCAGGGAAACCCGAGGCCCGGGCGCGGCCAAGCCGCAGCCUGACCCCCGCCGAGGUGCACGCCACCUGGCAGGCACACUGCCCCUGGCUCACGGGCGCACCCGACCCGCGCGAGGCGGUGGUGCCGGCGGAGCUGGCGGACCCCAGCGACGACUACGGCCUGACGCGGCGCGCGAUCCCCUUCCGCAUCGGGAAGUCCGCGGGCAUCAGGGCCCGCGUCCUCGUGUGCGCGCCGGCCAACUCGGCGCUGGACGAGAUCGUGCUGCGGCUGAUCACUUCGGGCCUGACCGACAAGGACGGCAAGGCCUUCACGCCCAGCGUGGUUCGGGUGGGGGUGAACAUCCACCACAGCGUGCAGAGCGUGGCGCUGGACACGCUGGUCACGCUACGCCUCGGCUCCGAGGCGGGCAAGGCGAGCUGCGGGCGCCCCGGCUCGCCCCUGCAGCCCAACAAGCGAUCCAGCAUUGCGUCGAGCGCGUCGAGGCUGGAGCGGGACCGAGCGCGCAUGGCCAUCCUGGAGGAGGCCAGCAUCGUGUGCACCACGCUGUCCUUCUCCGGCUCAGCCUCCUUUGUCAGGCUUGCGCGCAAGUUUGAUGUCGUGAUCGUCGACGAGGCGGCGCAGGCGGUGGAGCCGGCGGUGCUGGUUCCCCUGGCGCACGGCGGCGCGCGCCAGGUCUACCUGGUCGGCGACCCGGUGCAGCUCCCGGCCACCGUGCUUUCUUCUCGCGCCCUGGCGCACGGCUACUCGGGCAGCCUUUUCAGCCGCCUGCAGAGCGCAGGGUACCCCGUGCAGGUGCUGGACACUCAGUACCGCAUGCACCCCGCCAUCCGAGAGUUCCCCUCCGCCACCUUCUACGGCGGCGGGCUCAAGGACGGCGCGGACGUCGCGGCGCAAACCAAGCGCGCUUGGCACGCCUCCCCCGCCUUUGCGCCCCUCGUCUUCUACGACGUCCCGGGGAGGGAGGGCACCCCCGCCGGCAGCAACUCCUUGGUCAACACCACCGAGGCGGAGGUGGUGCUGUCCAUCUACCGCGAGCUCAUCCACCGCCACCCGGAGCUGCGGGGGCGCCCCGCGGUGGCCGUCAUCUCUCCUUACAAGGCCCAGGUGUCCCUCCUGCGCCGCCUCUUCCUCGCCGCCCUGGGGCCGGACAUGGCCAAGACGGUGGACAUCAACACCAUCGACGGCUUCCAGGGCCGAGAAAAGGACGUGGCCAUCUUCUCCACGGUCAGGAGCUCCCGGCGCGGGUCCAUCGGCUUCGUGGCGGACGAGCGGCGCAUGAACGUGGGCCUGACCCGAGCCCGCUCCUCGCUCCUGGUGGUGGGCAACGCCGCCGCCCUGGCCCAGGACGGGAACUGGGGCGCCCUGGUCUCCGUCUGCGCCACCAAGGGCUGCCUGUAUAGUGCCGCACAGCCCUACAACGAGUUUGUGGGCCGCGUGGCGGAGGGCCAGGUGGCCCCCCAGGACCUGGCCAGCCUGCAGGCGCGCGCCAAGGGGAAGAAAGAGCGGAACGGACCCCAGAAGAUGGAGGUGGACCAGCCCAGGCCGGCCGUGCCCGAGGGCGACGACCCCUACCUCUACAGCGACGAGGAGGAGGGCGGGGUGGGCGCCCCCGCCAGCAAGCUCGGGAGUGUCGCCCAGGGGGUGUGGGCGAAGCGGCACGUCAAGGGGUGA